AUGAGCGCUAAAUACUUAACGAAAUUUGUGAAUCGGAAUCCACGAAAUCUGGAGAUGCUUGGGUUGCAAGCUCGUCCAACUGGUUAUGAACUAGAGAAAGAUCGACAUCGACGUUGUUUCAUUUACAAAACUGAUCUCAUUCGAUCGAAGGCUCACACUGAAGCACGGUUGAUCCAUUAUCGUAAUGGUGUUGUGUUGAGUGCAUCAACAAGAGAAAAGGCUAUCUCUUCCCAGUUAUACAGUAAUGUUGAUAAGUGUGCGGCCGCAAACCUGGGUCGAGUGCUUGCGUUGAGGUGUUUGAUGUCUGGUAUUCAUUUUGCCAUCGUGUCUGAUUCAGACGAGUCAAUUCAGCGAAGUGAACACCUAAAGGUGUUUUAUGAGGCGUUGGCGAAGGGUGGUUUGACCUUGAACGAGCCGGAGCCUAUCGAGCACAGCUAUCGUACCGAUCGAAUGCUCACUUAUGACUCAUAUCCUGUCCAUCAUACAAUGGAGGAUAAAACUGAUGAAUAA